UUAUUUUGAAACCCUGGACCGGAUGUGGCUGGCUGGCCGCUCGGCUCUUCUUCUUCGCUGGUUCCGUCGUCGUCGCUGUUCGUUCUGGAUCAACUGAAGCUGAGACCCGGAAUAAAAGUCACGUUAUUCCUGUUCUGCUCCGUUUACACCAGUUCGACUCCCGACGCCACGAACCCGUCACAUCCCGUCAUGGAUCCCGCGAGUCAAGAUAUCAACCUGAACUCUCCUAACAAGGGCCUCGGUGUGGAUCACUCAGACACUCAGUCAGACGUGGUGGUGGUGGAGGGAGCGGUGGCCAACUCGGUCAACCCUCUUCCACCGGGCCUGACGGAGGAGGAGGCUGAGGAGCUCCGCACUGAGCUCACCAAGGUGGAGGAGGAGAUCAACACCCUGCGUCAGGUUUUAUCAGCCAAAGAGAGACACGCCGCGGAGCUGAAGAGGAAGCUGGGCCUCAGCCCGCUCAACGAACUCAAACAGAACCUCACCAAGGGCUGGCAGGAUGUACAGACCUCCAACGCAUAUCUGUCCGCCUCGGCCACUUUGGACGACAUUACCCACUCUGAAGCAUACAAGAAGACUCAGGAGACUCUUUCCCAGGCAGGACAGAAAACCAGUGCAGCUAUCAGCACAGUGGGCACGGCCAUCAGCAGGAGGCUGGGCGAUAUGAGAGCUCUACCUUUCUCGAAUUCCUUUGGUAGCAACUAUUCCAUUCGCCACUCGAUAAGUAUGCCCGCCAUGAGGAAUUCUGCGACCUUCAAGUCAUUUGAGGACAAAAUGGGGAACCUGAAGUACAAGGUCGUCGGCCCCAGAGGGAACGGGGACGCCAUCGGCUCCCCCACCGACACCACCCCCACUCAGGAGAAUCCGCCUUUCUGAACGCACACCGCCUCUUCCACUUCCUGUUCCUCCUCCCCCUCCUAGCUGCCACCUUCCUUCAUGACCUGAGACUGUACUGUUAUCACCUCACACGGCAGGGUCCGCCCUGACCUUUGACCCUCCGCCUCACCUCCACUCACUCGCCCCAAAGCACCGACAGGCAGAGGCGGCGGACUUGUGAGUUUGAGGUGGGAGGUCAACCUUCACUCCUCUGCCUCGCUGUUGAAAAAAUAAUUGUUGAUCUCUCGACCUGAAUAAUUUACCGACUCGUCGCCUUUAGUCCCAUCAUCACUUCCUCCCUGGUCAGAUCCUCACGUCCGCAUUCGUCCAAACAAACGCAUCAGCUGAUCAUCGAGGAAAACUGAAGGAAAACCAAGAUGUUCGCCAAACUAAAUUCAUUUUUCAUUUUGCCUGGAGUUGUUUUAGAAAUACUUGGUUCCCCCAGACGUCACGGGGCCCAGAGCGAGUUCAGUUAGUUUGUAAAGAUUUGAUCCCAUUUGACCUGAACCCGACGUUUCCCCUGCAGGUGAGGGUUUUGUUCAGGAAGCAGGAGAUCUGCAUCCUGAGGGAGGAGGAGGAUUUUAUGGGCAUAAGAAAAACCGUUGAUUCGCUGCUUAGAUCUAAUAUUUCUGUCAACUUUCUCUCUGACUUCUUCAGUCGUGAGCGUCACCUUCUACCCAACUCGUCCCCAGUUUCACUCACUGGUCAGAGGUCAGUGGUCUGACUGGGGCGGGGGGGGGGAGGGGGAGGACCUACUACUGCUACAUGCAUGUGCACAUCUCAUCUCAGUUGAACCAUAACAACCAUGCAAAGACGACCAAGGUCUUCUGUAAAAAAACAGAAAAAAUAAAACCUUAAACCAUUUUGUAUUAUAAACUAUUUUACACUGCUUUGCAUAAUGUUUUUACAUAACUUUUAUCAAUAUGUAUAAAUAUAUAUGAAUAAAUCUAUCGUCAGCGCUGCUGCGGGGGGGUAGUGAUCCAGUUUGGGGGGGGGAAGCAGGAGGCGAAACUUUAAGAAUGUUUCCGUUUCACAGACACGAGACACUGACGGCGGCUUGUCCUGCUUUUAUUCUAAAAUGAAAACGUUUGAGAAACUGACUCGUUCCCGUGGAUGUGAAGCCGUCGGGGGGGAGGAGGAACAUGGAGGUGCGUUUGGUUUCAGCUGCAGCACGGUGACAUUUGCCAGCCGAUCUAAAACCUUCUGUAGGAGCGACGGUGUUUCCCUCGGCUGUUCCCUCGGCCGUUCCUUCUGCUGACGAUGGGAGACGAUGCUUUGCUGUGUAACACUAUCGGCGCUUUUCUAUCGGCCUUACUCACUUUAAACGUUUCACCCGUUCUUUAGCUGUAGAACACAACGUUCUGUUUGUUUUGUAUUUGUCUUUGUGGAACAGACUGGUUGGAUGAAGGAAGGGGAGUUGGAGUCUGACGGGUCCUUUUACAAACAUCUCGCUGCUGAAGCUUUGCCAACAAGCCCUCAAUGCACUUCUGUUAACACACUAAAUGUCCUGAUGGUGCACACACGCUGCACGAGGCCAAAAGAAACACACAAUCACAGUUGCUCUUAUUGUUGUAGACCUGCACCGCCCCAACACACACACACACGCACACGUUGUGAUGCCACAGUCGCUCUCGGGCGUCUCUGAGUCCGUCACUGACGCCUGAGUCGUGCAGCACCGUCACUUUUCUCUUGAAUGUGGAAAAAGAAGAAAGUCGUUUUCUAGUGUUUUCGUUUCUCUGGCACAAAGUUCGCUGAUACACGGGCAACACUGCCUCUAGUGGUGAAACCUCCCAGACAACGUGGAGCCCGGAUGUGGCUCUGCACCAUCAGCUGAAGGUUCAUGAUGACGUGUGACCUCCGGCUCUGUGGAGGAACAAACCCUGAACUCUCAAAAUGUGGCUCAGUGUCAGAUGCUGUUUUUUGAGGCAGCAGAAAAGUUUCAUCGUUGCCAAACGUCCGUCUCGAAGUGUCAUGAGUCGACGAGUGCUUUAGGAUCCGGGGUCGUCAUAAUGAUUCCUUCACAGGAAGAUUUCAACUUGAGCCAUAGAUUUAAACCGUUCAGGUCAACGUGAACACGAUGUCUGCAAACGUUAGGUAACAGAACUAAUGUGAAAUUAAGAGUUGACUGAAAGGCUCAUUGAAGAAAGAACGUGCACUCGAUUCGUGGUGAAGUGAACUUUUUAAAUGUGUUGACUGGAUCCUGAGCAACGUCUGAGAGACGACUGGGAGCACUGGUUCAUUCUGGAGUCGCUGUGUUCGAUGUUGGAUCGUUCAGCGUUGCUCUCGUGUCCUCGUCUCUAAACGUCACCACGUGUUUUAUUCAGGUAGAAACUGGCUGAAAUAUAAAAAUGAUUUAAGGCCGUUAAUAUUUUCGAUCAUGAAAUGAUUCCAGCCAAAAUUUCCCAGGAAGAUUUAAACUUAUAGAAAAAAAGAGACGAGAUACAAAGGUGAAAAAAAAACACAUUUUAAAAAACCAACUUCCCGUCAAACUGCUUCAGAUUCGAUCAUUUGCGUAUUUUCUUGUUUUGUGUUGAUCGUUUUGUUAGUUGAUAUUUUUCUGUUCGGUUGAGCAUAGUUUCCUUUUACUUUCUAUAGAUGUGGAUUCAAGAGAAUGAUCAUAUGUAUAAUUAAUCUACCAUCAGUUAAAAGCAAAUGUUUAAACAUGUUACAAGUCUCUGACUUUGUGCUUUGCCAACAUGAGAACGCAGACGCUCACUACAAGACGUUUAUAUCUAAAGUCAUUUAUUUCAGCUUUCACUCCAAAAAAUCUCAUUUAAAAUAGAUUAAAGUGUGAAUUGCAAAUAAAACGAGCUUUGGGAUUAUAAUCUGUGAAUCAGUCGUGGGACUCUGGAUAGAAAAGGAUUAUGUACUUUUCUUUCAGUUUAAAUUUGAGUUUUGGUGCCAAUGGGAAGUGCAGCUGGGCGACAGGAGAAUAUACUCAUAGCUUUAUUUAGUUCCAGCUGAUGUAGAUUAUUAAAAGGGAUCAGAUGUGGAAGCUUAUGAUUAAAAUCAGUUUUUGGUUUUGUUGUAUAUGUUUGGAUAUCAAUAAAGCAUUCCUUUAAAUGACAAA